GAUGUGAUGUCCACAUUCUUCCAGUUUGGGGCCUCCAUCCAGCAAGAAGCCAUUAUCAUGCUGAAGAUCAUGCAGGAUUAUGACUGGCAUGUGUUCUCCCUGGUGACCACCACUUUCCCUGGAUACCGAGAUUUCAUCAGUGUCAUUAAGACCACUGUGGAAAAUAGUUUUGUGGGCUGGGACAUGCAGAACGUCAUCAUACUCGAUACUGCCUUUGGAGACGCCAAGACCCAAAUCCAGCUGAAGAAAAUCCAUUCAUCUGUCAUCCUGCUGUAUUGUUCCAAGGAUGAAGCUGUCUACAUACUGGAUGAGGCUCGAUCCUUGGGCCUCACUGGCUAUGAUUUCUUUUGGAUAGUUCCCAGCCUGGUUAGUGGUAACACAGAAAUCACUCCCAAGGAGUUUCCUUCAGGACUCAUUUCAGCAGCUUAUGAUGAAUGGGACUACAGUUUAGAAGCUCGAGUACGGGAUGGCCUUGGGGUUAUUGCCACUGCUGCCUCAGCCAUGAUGGAAAAAUACUCCUUCAUUCCUGAAGCAAAAACGAGCUGCUAUGGACAACUGGAGAAAAAUGACCGUCCAUCUCAAACCUUGCACAAGUUUAUGAUGAAUGUGACUUGGGAAGGUAGAGAUCUGUCCUUUACAGCAGAUGGUUAUCAGGCACACCCCAGGCUGGUGGUGAUCGUGCUGAACAACGAUCGGGAGUGGGAGAAGGUGGGGAAAUGGGAGAACAACUCCCUGAGCCUCAAGUACUCUGUGUGGCCAAGGUUCAGCUCUUUCGCAGACAGUGACCCAGACGACAACCACCUGAGCAUUGUCACCCUGGAGGAGGCUCCAUUUGUCAUUGUGGAGGAUGUGGAUCCUUUGAUGGAAAGUUGCCAAAAAAACACCGUGCCGUGCCGGAAAUUUGUCAAACUGAACAACAAAACUAACGAGGGAACCAACGUGAAGAAGUGCUGCAAAGGAUUCUGCAUCGAUAUCUUGAAGAAGUUGUCGAAAACUGUCAAAUUCACAUAUGACCUGUACCUGGUGACGAAUGGGAAACAUGGCAAAAAAGUCAAUAAUGUGUGGAAUGGAAUGAUUGGUGAAGUGGUGUACCAUCGAGCGGUGAUGGCCGUGGGAUCUCUCACCAUCAACGAAGAGCGCUCCGAAGUGGUUGACUUCUCAGUGCCAUUUGUUGAGACUGGGAUCAGUGUCAUGGUGUCACGGAGCAACGGCACAGUCUCACCAUCUGCUUUUCUAGAGCCUUUUAGUGCUUCUGUCUGGGUGAUGAUGUUUGUGAUGCUUCUCAUCGUGUCUGCCAUGGCUGUCUUUAUAUUUGAAUACUUUAGUCCUGUAGGAUAUAACAGGAACUUAGCACAAGGGAGAGAUCCCCACGGGCCAUCCUUCACCAUUGGGAAGGCAGUGUGGUUACUGUGGGGUCUGGUCUUCAACAACUCUGUGCCUGUGCAAAACCCCAAAGGGACGACAAGUAAAAUCAUGGUCUCGGUUUGGGCUUUCUUUGCUGUCAUUUUCCUGGCCAGUUAUACUGCCAACUUAGCUGCCUUUAUGAUUCAAGAGGAAUUUGUUGACCAAGUGACUGGACUGAGUGAUAAAAAGUUUCAAAGGCCACAUGAUUAUUCACCUCCUUUUCGCUUUGGAACGGUCCCAAAUGGAAGCACAGAGAGGAAUAUCCGAAACAACUACCCUGAUAUGCACCUUUACAUGACAAAAUUCAACCAGAAGGGAGUUGAAGAUGCCUUGGUCAGCUUGAAAACUGGGAAGUUGGAUGCUUUCAUCUACGAUGCAGCAGUGCUGAAUUACAAGGCUGGAAGAGAUGAAGGCUGCAAACUCGUCACAAUAGGGAGUGGAUACAUCUUUGCCACUACAGGCUAUGGAAUAGCACUUCAGAAAGGAUCACCUUGGAAGAGACAAAUUGAUCUUGCCCUCCUCCAGUUCGUGGGAGAUG